UUUUGAACGUCAGCGCGUCAAGCCUUGACGCAUUCCCGCAUUGCGUGCUACCGAAUCUUUUGCGCGUCCGAUCAACCUUCGCGCUCCCAAUCACAAAGAAGCAAUCACUCAUUAUGGUCACCCCGUCAGUUGCGAAAGUGAAGUGCAUAGGACGCGAGCGCGUCGCCAUUCCUCAUGAAAUCCGUCGUGGCGUUCCAAACUAUUUCCAAUCCAUCCGUGGUUUGGGCGUAGAUGUCUCUCGCUCAUUUACUCAUCUACAUUGUCCUUAACGUAAUCUUCUCACUAGUGAAUAUUUUUUUGCUUC